AUGUCUGUUUACGCCAACACCCAGCUGCAACAGGCCCAGGCCACGCAGCAGCAGCAGCAGAGACACCAGACGCACCAGCAGCGCCUAAACGAAUUGUUGGAGGCCGUCAAGCUGGAGUUCGACUACGCCUUGAACGAGGCCUCCACGUUCAACAAGGUCAAAGAAGACUACGACAUGAAAUGCAGCCAGCAGACCGCCGAGAUGCAGCAGAUACGCCAGACCGUCUACGAGUUGGAAAUGGCCCACCGCAAGAUCAAGGAGGCCUACGAGGAGGAGAUCUUGCGCUUGAAGACCGAGUUGGAGAGCAGAGACAGACAGGCCCAGCAGAAACAGGUCAAUGGCGCCCAGUACUCCUACAACUACCAGCCCCAGCAUAAGCAGCAGGCGGUCCAGGCGCCCCUUGAGAUCCAGCCCCCUCAAGCGCCCCAACAACAACAGCAACAACAACAACAGCAGCAGCAACAGCAGCCCUCACAGCCGCAAGUGGCUCAGCAGCAGCCUGCUCAACAGCCUCACCACAUUGUGCAGCCUCCACCGGUGCUCAAGCAAAACCAGCCAAAGCUGGAGGGUGCCAAGAAGUCGCCUGCUGUCGCUAAGGUGGAGCCUGUCGCUUCUUCUGACACUGUAGCUGCUGCCAAGGGCGCCGCCGAGCAGGGCUCUUUGAGCGUCAUUGACAAGUCUCAGUACAUGAUCAACCCUCAGGAGAAGAACUUGCAUGUGAAGGAGAUUCCUCCGUUCCUCGCGGAUUUAGACGUGAUGAAGGCUAACCCAGACUUCAAGAAGCAGACGCCCGAGUUCUACGUGUUGUUCAACCCUGCCCUCAAGCGUGAAUUGGAUGUGGACUUGAUGCAAUCCUUGGACCACUCCUCCGUCGUGUGCUGCGUCAAAUUUUCCAAGAAUGGUGAAUUCAUUGCCACAGGCUGUAACAAAACCACCCAGGUCUUCGACGUGAAAACAGGACAAUUGAUUGCAAAGUUGAUCGACGACAACAACCCCAACGCUACCAAGACAGAGGGCGACUCCUCUGAGGGCGCCGGCGAGAACGGCGCCGUUGCCGGAAACGCCAACAGCGGCUCUGUCGCCAACGCCAACGGCGACUUGUACAUUCGUUCGGUUUGCUUCUCUCCGGACGGAAAGUUGUUGGCCACCGGUGCUGAAGAUAAAUUGAUUAGAAUCUGGGACUUAUCCACGAAAAGAAUUAUAAAAAUCUUGAGAGGACACGAACAAGACAUCUAUUCCUUGGACUUUUUCCCAGAUGGCGAUCGUUUGGUAUCUGGCUCUGGAGACAGAACCGUCAGAAUUUGGGACUUGAGAUCAUCUCAAUGCUCCUUGACUCUCUCGAUCGAGGAUGGUGUCACCACAGUCGCUGUUUCUCCUAAUGGUAAGCUUAUUGCCGCUGGCUCUUUGGACAAGACUGUGCGCGUGUGGGACUCGUCCACUGGAUUCCUUGUAGAAAGAUUGGACUCCGGAAACGAGUCCGGUAACGGUCACCAGGAUUCUGUCUAUUCCGUCGCAUUCUCCACCAAUGGCCACCAAAUUGCAUCUGGUUCUUUGGAUAGAACCGUCAAGUUGUGGAACUUGGAGGGCAAGGCCGAUUCACGUCUGGCAGUAGCCAGCAACAACGGCCAAUCAUACGGCAAGAAGUCCAGCUGUGAGGUGACCUACGUCGGCCACAAGGACUUUGUUUUGAGUGUGUGUCUGACUCCAGACAGCGAGUACAUUUUGUCAGGCUCCAAGGACCGUGGUGUGAUCUUUUGGGACCAGCAGUCGGGAAUUCCAUUGUUGAUGUUGCAGGGUCAUCGCAACUCUGUCAUUUCCGUUGCUGUGUCGUUCAACUCCCUGGGAACGGAGGGUAUUUUUGCAACUGGGUCAGGAGACUGUAAGGCCAGAUUGUGGAGAUGGAGAAGAAAAUGA